AUAAUAGACAAAGCGUUGCAAAGAACGGAUCGUAGCUGCACGUCGUCGACUCUCGAGCCCCAGCCAGCGUUUCCGAGCAUUAAAUUUACUCUUUUUAAAAUCGUGAAAUUUCAAAGUUUAAUCAGGGGCGUUACAUGUGGGUUGUAUUGGACGGAUUUCUAAAUCAAUAUGGGGGUAGUAGACAAGAAUAGCAAUUCCAGCUCUGAACAUAAUCAUCGUUCUAAUGGAUCGAAUUCCGGGGGUGCCAACUCUAAUGGCCAUCCAUCAGAGGAAAGCGGGACCAGCAGCUCUGGAGAAGAUGAUAAUGAGCCUGGAAUGCGUGUUGGUUCUGAAUACCAAGCCAUUGUUCCAGAACUUCAACCUGUUGGGUAUGUUCCUGUUGGGCGCCGUGGAGACAGCAGACCAGAGGCUUUACUUGUAUGGACUCCAAGUCAGGAAAUUUCUGAUCCAAAAUUGGAUGAGUACAUCAGCGUGGCCAAGGAGAAGUUUGGUUACAACACCGAGCAGGCUUUGGGCAUGCUCUUCUGGCACAAGCACAGCGUUGAGAAGUCUCUAGCUGACCUACCAAACUUUACACCGUUCCCUGAUGAAUGGACCGUGGAGGACAGGGUUCUCUUUGAACAAGCAUUCAGCUUCCAUGGAAAGAGUUUCCACCGCAUCAGGCAAAUGUUGCCUGACAAGUCCAUUAGCAGCCUGGUGAGAUAUUAUUACCAAUGGAAGAAGACACGAACACGCACCAGUCUCAUGGACAAAAAGAUUGUCAAAUCAUCAGCUCCUACUUCUCAAAAAGAAGGAAGUGGAGAAGAAGAGCCUACUAAAGAAGAUGAACCAGCUGAGAGCAUGGAGACUGACAAAACUGAAGCAGCAAAGGAUGGAGCGACGACGAGUAAAAGUGUUUGUGGUAAUUGUGCUAGUUCGGUCAGUCAACUUCAUACUACACCUAAAGGACAGCUAUGUCAUCCGUGCUACAGCUACUGGAGGCGUACUGGUGUGAUGCGUACUCACGUGGGCCCGGUGAGAAACGAGAUCCAGACUCACCAUCGUCAUCAUCCUAUGAGGAUGAAGAAGAAACCACCGCGAGGGAUGUACGUAGAUCGUGAUGACCUUCUUUCUAUGGCAACCACUCAGGCUGAUGCCAUCUUUAAGGGCUUGGAUGCAGACAUUGUUAAUCUCAAAAGACAGCUCCAGAAUAACAAACAAUUGGUUGGUCAACAGAAGGAGAAGAUGAUAGAUGUUGAUAGCUUUCGUCCUCCUGAACCAGCUCAGAGAAACAAAUCAAGCUGGACCAAUGAUGAACAACUACUUGCUGUACAAGCUUUAAGGAAGUACGGUCAAGACUUUGAAGCAGUGGCUGAUGUGAUUGGUAAUAAGAAUGCUGCACAGUGUCGUGCCUUUAUGGUGACCUUCAGAAGACGAUUUAACCUUGACAAAGUUCUUGAAGAGUAUGAAGCAGAGAAGAAAGCAAGGGGAGACACUAGUGAGCCACCUGUAAGUAGUGCUACCAGUACACCAUCGGCCACUGCUCCCCUGGCUGUUCCAGUCAUCUCUAGUGCCCCACCCCCUCUGCAUAGACCAACGGCAGCACCAGCUCCCGUUGUCACUCAGUCACCCGCAUCACAGAAACCUCCGCCUCUACAAACACAACAGCCAAGAUUCCUUCACCCUCGAAGUGCCCUCCAGCAACCCCCACCACUGAGACCCAGCACAGCAGCAUCCGGUCCCCUGGCCCGCUCCAGACCGCCCAUCAUGGGCCCCUUAUCAGGGCAUCCUCCUACCAUAGGAGCCGCUACACAAAGGGAGCCGUCACCACAAUAGAUUUGCCUCAUCAUGCACCAGUACCAUGUCAUAGGAGGCUACAACCUAGCUUCAUCCACUAGAAUGAACACUAUCGUGUGUUAUAAAUUAUAAUUCAGGAAAUUGUAAUGCAUCCAUUCAUCUAAUAUAUAAGUUCCUUCUGCUACAUCAAACCCUUUAGCUCCUUUUUUCCCCCAUUCAUUUUACCGUUCAGCCACUUCUUGAAAACCUCAAUUCAUUUUCUAAUGAUUUGCCACUGAUUGACGUUGUGAACCAAGCCUUGUUAAUAUGAUCAAGUUUUGAUAGAUUGAUCAAUAAGACUGAAUUCCCAAACAAGUUUAAGAACAAUGACACAUCGAACAACAUUAGCUUGUGAGAAUCAAAAUGAAGUGCAGUAGUUCUGAUUAUGCAAUGUGUGCUAUUUUACUCUCUGUCCUUUGAAAAAGUUGAUAUUUCAAUUUUGAAAGUACAAAUAGAGGAAAGCAAGUGGACGACUUGGCUGUGAUUGUACUGAAAACGAAGCCAAGACUUGGCUGUAAAACUUGCAGAAAUGGGAAAAAACAGGUACUGCUUAAAUUAUGAUGAAAUGAAUAAGAUGUAUCAUUUGUAGCUCCUUUCACAAGUUAUCUCAGGCAUAGGUGGUAUUCAGAUUAUUCUGUUUUCUUGCAAGUUUGUCCUCUUUUCAAUGUGACUUUUCAAGCUUAAUAGUCAUGAUAUAUAACUCGUGUCAGUGCACAUGUUGCCUAUUGUGAUUUUUCACUAGUUUUGCAUAUAUUUUUUUAUAUGUUUGAUAGUAAUUUUGUAAUGGAUACUUUCUUUGUUCCCAUUGUUCAUCCUACCUACUGACUUUAUGAAAAUAUCUUUGUUGUUGUUGCAAUGUGUUUAAAAAUGUGUUAAAGGAUUGCUUUGUAAUAUGUUUGUUUUUGUUUUUAUUUUUUUAAACUUUGGAAUUGAAUUUCUUUUUCAAAAGCAUUACGAAUAGUAAGGUAAAUGUCAGAUUGUAAAUAGUCAAAUUACCUUAAUUUAUGAAAUGCUGAAAUAUAUGUUGAUGUUGAGCAAUUGAAACAAGACUUAUGGGUUUCAGUUUUAACUGUAAAUCCAAGGUAGACAUUUAAAAAGCUGCAGAUGAAGUCUAGAAAUAGACUAGUGUUUCAAUUCACAUUUGUAGAUAUCAGUCCUAUGUAAACAUUUGUACUUUUCAUAUUGAUACUUUGUACAAUUAUAUUGGGGAAACUAUGGAUGGAAAUCUUUUUGAGAACUAUGGAUAGUGUAUUUGGAAUAGGUAGUAAAGUAACAGAAAACUUGGUGAGAAAAAAAAAUAGGGUGAUUACAUUUUUCACAGGAUUUUGAUGUGGAAAUUGAAAUAUUUUCACCAAAAUUUGUGUUGAAGUUUAUGUCAGGUACCGAAUUCCUUAAACAACUUUUGGGCAAUUCCACUCUGGAAAACAGUUAAUCCUUACUGUACUCAUUAUACUGGGCCUAUUUUUGAUCAUCUCUCUGCUGAUUGAGGCCCCCCUCCCAUCCCCGUUAACUCAGCCGCUCAGUAUGUGUUCGGAAAAAUGAAAUUUGCACAAAUACCAUUGACAACAUAGUCUCAAAUUAUAUGGUCAAUUUUCCUGAAAUUUUGCUUUGAAACUCAUGAUUUUAGUGUAAAUGCCCCUUGAGAGAAUCUAAUGAAAUAUAUUUUUAUUGGGGUAUGUGUCGAUGAAAUUCAUAGGCAACUCUAUUUUGAUAAUAACCAGCAUUAAGAUAUUCAUGCAUUUAUAACUUUUAGCAUGAAACACAUCUGCAUUGGAUUUGUACAUGCAAUCACAUCUUUCAGCAACUUUUGGCAUGGCAAGCAAGUAUGAAACAUUGCUUUGGAACCGCAUAACCAGUUUUCAUGAAUAUGGUCUCUGUGAAGAUCUUAUCUUAAACUUAUCUCUUUGCAUCUGCCAAACCAGCGGGAACUAGAGAGGCAGAUAAAUGAAAGUUUGAAGAGUUGAAAGGACAGUGACAACUCCUUACUAGCUGAAAUUUACUUGAUAGUUAUUUUCUCACCAAGUGUCAUAGUUGAAUGGUCUCAAAGAGGUUGCAAAAUUAGUGGACUGGUUAAAUUCUUCAGCACAGUUCUUGUAUAUAUAUAUAGAUUAUUUUAUACAAAUUCUUGUCUUCAAUGAAAAAGGUUAUUUACAAAGUAAAUAGAUGUUCAUCCAUUUUCACUUUAGUUUCUUAGUUAUCUUUUAUAAUCGCGUUUAAGGACACAUGUACAUAGAAGCACAAUACUACUAAUUUGAGAUUACCUGUAGAAGUGAGUGCUGCAAAAUUUGGGGCUAUAAAUUGGCUCUAUUUACCAUUACCAGGUGGGUAAAUGAAUUAAACAAUGUAUACACUACAUGUAUUUUCCAACUCUUUCAACAUGGGAGAUUUGUAACCUUUUUAAGUGAAGAAUUUUGAUAUCAGAAUUUGGGUAGGCACUUAAUUAUACCAUAAUAUAUUGUAGUAAUUUAUUGAGUAGCUAUGUAAAUAUGGAGGCUUAAGUGUAGGGGGAAUUUUUUUUUCUCCUGCCAAUACCACCAUUCAUUGUGACAAUGUCUUAUACUGUUAAUGAGUCAUCAAACCAGGUUUCAUUUAUGAAUGUGAGGAGUUUCUUCUACACAUUUUUCACAUUUUUUGUAUAUUAUAUAUACUGUUAUUGUAAGAAAAAACCCUGUUCGCACAUUA